UCAGAAGGACUGUCAUUAGUAUCCUGGAAUAAUGAACAAACUAAUAGUCGAAAGAACUGAGGCUUUUUAACCCUAAAUUCGAAAACAGAAUGGAGUCCUUCAUAAUUCAGUUUGGUAUUUUGCUAAUGGUACUCUGUCUUUCUUCUGAGAAGGUAGAAGGGAAAAAAGACGAAGUAUUGUAUUGUUCUGCUUGCAGGGCAAUAGUUGAUGAGCUAAACUACUCCAUAAAACAAGUGGAUCCAAAGAAGACAAUCCAAGUAGGAAAUUUUAGAAUUGCUCCAGAUGGAAGCCAGAAACACAGUGAGGUCCCAUUUGCAAGGUCAGAGACUCACUUAACUGAGCUAAUGGAAGAGGUUUGCAAUCAUAUGAAUGAUUAUUCCUUGUAUGUUGACCCGGACACUAAAGAAAAACUGUAUAAGAGAUUUGCUCCAAGGGAUGGUGAUCCUGACAAAAGCAUGCUGGGAAACCUGCAACAUUUUCAGUUUGGUGAUGGACCAGACAGUUCACAGUCUUUGAAAUUUGCGUGUGAAAGCAUAGUAGAAGAGUAUGAAGAUGAUAUCAUUUCACUAUACGCCCAAGAGGCAGACCAUGUGGUGGGCAAGCUGUGCAGGGAUAUAACAGAUCUGUGUAAAGGCUCUCUUGCCGUCCACGCUGAAUUAUAAUGCACAGGUAUUGUACUGAAAAUGAUCCUGAGUGUUUAAGCAGAAGAAAAGAAUGUUGCAUAUCUGCAAAGAGAAAUAAAAGGACUUCUAAUGACGACCAACUCUUUUUUUUUUUUUUUUUUUUUUUAAACAUACAGAAUUUUGAUUUUGAAAAGCGGUUUGUUUUCUGCUUUUAAAUUUAGCCACUAGGUUAUGAUUAUGAUAUUGAGAAACAACUUGACCAUGAAAACAAUGUUAUUGCUGACCUAGUUGAUAGAUCAUAUGGUUAUAGACGUGUAUAUAAUGUCCACAUGUAAAGAACUUGGAU